ACACAUAUCCUGGUCAUAGUCUAGCCUAACUAGCUACCGUUUUCCAUCUAUCCGAGCUGGAACUAAUGCAAAGUAAACAGUUAUAAUAUGUUAAAAAAGCAAAUCAUUCUUUCAUAAUGAGUUCGAUCGGCGUCGUAGUGUUCCGCAACUCACCGCUAAAGACGCAGGUGUUGCAGGAGUCCGUGAAUAAUUCCAUAAAUAUAAACAACAACGACGUGAACAAUGUGAAACGUGAAAUUAUUAUAGUGAGGAAGAAACAAAAAGUUCAAUCUCCACAAAACACAGUUUCAGUGACAUCAUUAGUGCGUGCUAACGAACCCGUGAAUUCCAAUAUUCUGGUGAAAAGACCGCGUCUCCGUGAAAAUUCUCUCGAGGAGGCUUCUCGUACCCCGACUCCUUUGGCGGUAGCGCGACGAAAUGCGCGGGAAAGGAACAGAGUACGUCAAGUCAACGACGGCUUUGCUGCUUUACGCCGUCACAUACCGGAAGAAGUCGCUUCUGCAUUUGAAAACGCGAAUUCAAAUAAAGGGCCAAAUAAAAAGCUUAGCAAAGUAGAAACUCUGCGCAUGGCUGUGGAAUACAUUCGCAAUCUCGAAACUCUUCUCAACAUUGGCCACGCUGACAAGGAAAAUUUUACGCGCCCAUCUAUGGAAUCAUUUCCAUCACCGGCAUCGUCAUCUCCAAGAGAAAACAGCCAGGAAAGAAGUUAUUAUUCAUUAAACUCACCUGCUUUAGACGAUGAAGAUGUGGAUGAAGAUGAAUUAGACGGAUCACUUCACCAAUUGCCACCUCAACAAUACAUUAACUUGCAAACUUCUGAAACAUUUCAGCUAGUUUCUACUCCUCAUUUAUACGAGGAGGAAGAUGGUGCUGGACAGCCACUCACCCCGUCGUCAGACCUCCUUGGACAAGAUGAAUUGAAUACUCACGUUCUAGACAGUCAUUUUCCUUUCCCGAAUUCAGCUGAACAGUUUACAGUUAUUCCUGAACAAGCCUACUGCAGCGAAACAGAUGGGGAUUUCGAAGUGAAAUACGCGGAAACGAUUCACCAGCAGAUCAAUUCGAACUUCGAAGAGGAAUCUGAAAUGCCUUUGGAUGCGAUAAAUCCCGACUUGAUGUUAUCCAACAAUCAAUACAAAUUUAAAGAGGAGACAAAUGGCUACCUGGAUAUUCAGCAAUACGACGAUGUUGAACUAAAAAAAGAACUCCCCGACAUCCAAGUAACCCCCGAAGAUCGAGAGCAGUUUGAAGAAACGCUUAAAUGGUGGCAAGAAAAGACCAGACAAGCCCGUUUACUGUCAAAAAAUGGCAAUUAACGGAUUAGUAUUUAAUGUUUAGAAAAUAUUCCUUAAAGAAAUUAAUUCC